AGCGACAGCAGCUCAGCACUGUAGCAAAAAAAAUACUCAACCGUCACUGAAGAUGACUCAUCCCAUAGUGACAGCAAUUGCGUUGCUUGCAGUCGUCAUAGGCGAUCAAGUUAGCAUUGCGUACAAUAUCUCACCUGCGCCGAAUGUGAUUUACGGGGAACCGGCGGGUCGAAAAAAUUUUCCCAAAGUACAGAGUUCUUUUUUCGGGAUGACAGUGCUUCUUACGAGAGACCACAUUUUCAUAGGAGCACCCAGAGCGCAAUCCAGCUCGAAACGUCAUUUAACGAUCAAUGAACCGGGAGUGAUUUUCAGGUGCGACCUACGAUCAGCAUUCUGUGAGCAACACACGACUUUGGACGGUGGUGGGUUUGAAAGUGAAGUUAUCAAAUCUGGUCAGUAUUUGGGUGCUACACUGGACGGAACGGACGACGGAGCAGAAAUCGUUGCGUGCGCUCCGCGAAUGAUCAAAGGUGGCGACGAGGAGCGAGCGAUGACGGGUAUUUGCUACACCGAAGUGAACGGAACAACACGUGCCCAACGUCAAGCGUUCAACUAUCAACACCAGAGUUUCGCAUUCGAUACAGCGCUCGAGGGUUUUGCAGUGCACUUGCUUCGGCGACCGGAUGACAGUUUGGAGGUUGUCACCGGGCUACCCAAUUGCAAUUACACCGGAGCGAUGAUGAUUUACGGCGAAGAUCGGGAAACAGGAGUAUAUUUGACUAGUGAAAAGUUGAAGAGAAACGGUUACUUUGGAUACAGUGUCAAUUCAAUGACGGUUCAAAACAAAACCAUUUAUUUAGUAAGUGCCCCCAGAUUCAAUGGGGAAAACGGAAAAGUGUUCCUGUUCGAAAAAGUGAUUACUUCUCGGUGGAAAGCCGAGAUGAAGCUGCACAUAGUUCUCGGUGGUGACGAGUCACAAAUAGACUACUUCGGCUAUUCGUUGUGCACUGAAGAUGUCAACGGAGAUGGACUAACGGAUGUGCUUAUUGGGGCACCAUUUUAUUCAGAAAACCUUAUCAACGACGGAGGUGCCGUUUAUGUGUUUCUGAAUAAAGGUUUGAACGACGAUGAAGUGCUCCGGUUAGAAAAGCAAAUUGUUUUAAAAUCCACGUACGUAGGAAGUGGACAGUUUGGUUAUGCUAUAGCGCUGAUCGGAGACAUCAAUUAUGAUGGAUACAAUGAUGUUGCCAUUGGAGCCCCAUUCGAAGAAAGCGGCAGAGUUUAUAUUUUUCACGGUGGUCCGGAAGGGCUUCUUCCGCAACCGGUUCAAUCAUUAGAAAGUUCCGGUAACUCGCAGCCAUUCGCAAUGUUUGGAGCAUCGAUUGCCAGAGGAGUGGACGUUGAUGAAAACUCCUACAAUGACAUAGCCGUUGGUGCUCCGGCCGAGGAUAAGGUCUAUCUAUUCAAAACCUACCCGAUCGUUCGCCCGAAAGUGGAAAUGACAGUUUCAAAACGUUUUCUCGCAAUAAGCGACACCACCACUGAACUCGGUGCGAACAAUUUCGUCGUGGACAAAUGUUCCAUUGAAAUUUGUUAUUACUUCGAGUCGUUGGGAAAUUUCCAAGCCAAUGAGCACUACGGUAGGAGCGGUAGGUAA